UUUUUUUUUCCUUAAGUUUGAAGAUAUUCAUUCAUACAUCAAUGGCGAUUCGCAGAGCGCAGUCUCUACUUUGUCUUUCCAAAUUCAAAACCAGUUCCGUGUUUGGGUCUUAUUUAAGUCUCCGCCGAUUCUCUUCGUCAGCUCAUGAUUCAACUCAAUUCCAGAAUGUUGGUUUCAUAGGGCUUGGAAAUAUGGGAUCUAGGAUGGUGAAUAAUCUAGUUAAAGCUGGAUAUAAAGUUACCGUUCAUGACAUAAACCGUGAUGUUGUGAAGAUGUUCACUGAAAUGGGAGUCUCUGCUAGAGAAACUCCUUUUGAAGUUGCUCAAGAUUGCCAAGUUGUCAUUACAAUGUUGCCUUCGUCAUCUCACGUGAUGGAUGUGUACACAGGAACAAACGGGUUGCUUCUUGGAGAAAAUGCUAUCAGACCUGCUUUGUUUAUAGAUUCAUCCACUAUUGAUCCACAAACAACUCGAAAAAUCUCGCUUGCUGUUUCUAAUUGUAAUUUGAAAGAAAAGAGAGAUAAUUGGGUAAAGCCUGUCAUGCUGGAUGCUCCUGUCUCUGGAGGUGUUCUCGCUGCAGAAGCUGGUACACUUACUUUUAUGGUUGGAGGUCCUGAAGAUGCUUACUUAGCCGUUAGACCAAUACUUCAGUCAAUGGGUAGAACAUCCAUCUACUGUGGUGGUUCAGGAAAUGGAGCUGCUGCAAAGAUUUGUAACAAUUUGGCUAUGGCUGUGAGUAUGCUCGGCACUUCAGAAGCCUUAGCUCUGGGUCAGUCUCUUGGAAUAUCUGCCAGCACUUUAACAGAAGUGUUAAACACAUCUAGUGGCCGAUGUUGGAGUAGCGACGCAUAUAAUCCAGUUCCAGGAGUAAUGAAAGGUGUGCCCUCUUCAAGAGAUUACAAUGGCGGUUUUGCCUCCAAACUUAUGGCUAAAGACCUAAACCUCGCAGCAGCUUCUGCUGAAGAAGUUGGACACAAAAGCCCAUUGAUAUCCAAAGCACAAGAAAUUUACAAGAAGAUGUGCGAGGAAGGGCAUGAGACAAAGGACUUCUCUUGUGUUUUCAGACACUUUUACAGUGGCAAAGAUGAAGUCUGAGGCGAAUUUUACAAUGACCAUGUGAAAAAAUCAGUCUUCGAUCGGUUAUGAUGUUUAUAAGCGAUUUGAAUGUUAUUAGUUUGGGGCAUUACUCUCAGUGUAGAAUAAAGCUUGAAAGCAUUCUAUAGAGGAUUAAACAAAGUUAUUGAGCUCAAAGUUAAAGUAUUCAAACAACAGUCACCGUUGAUAAUAACAUUUUUUCCUUAACA